GAUGAGAGAAAGAUGAGGGAGUCAAAAACGAGAAAAGUACCAAAAAAAAGAGAAGUGUGGGAUUGUAAAUGUCUGUGCUUUUUUUGUUCAUUUAACGUCACCCCCAAACCUACUGUCAUUAUAAUUUCUAGACCAGUGGUAAUUAAGUGCCCUGAACACACGCGCAUACACAUGCACACACACACACAUCGACGUGUGUUAUUCCCACAGGCUGAGCAUGUGGUUAAUUCCAGCUGUCACUUCAGGAAUAACUAGGGAAUUCCUCGUGUAACCAAACCUCCUCUGACCUGGGAGGCUAGACCUUGUAACUACUAGCACGUUUGCCUUUAGGGAAGAGAGAAGGGUAUCGUACAUUUGUGUGUGUGGGAAUGUGUGUGUGGGUAUAUAUGUGUGUGUGUGUGUGGCUUUCUUGAAAUCAAUCAGCAGUCUGGCUUCACUUCUGUCUCCUGUGUGGUAAAGACUGUCUCCCCAACACUUAAUGCUUGACUAAAAUCAAAACCAAAACAGACACAUCUGUCUUCAGUUGUGUUUUUGUUUUUUUGUUUUUUAUAUUUAGCUUUUUUUUUCUUUUUUUUUAAUGAAGCUCAGGAUUUUGCUCGAUAGAUUAGACAGAUGUUGCUUGUGCAGCGUAAUGUCUCCUGAAUAUUUACACUGUUACAACUGAGCCUCACUCUCUCUGUAUCACUUUUCUUUGGGUAAAUAAAGCUUGAAUCAAAUCAGGACAAUCAUAGCACUCUACUGGUAGCUACUGGUAACGCUCUCCAGGAAGAAACUGGAGACACAAAAAAAAAUCACACACAAAAAAAGAUUUUAAAGGCUUAUUAAAUCUAAAUCCACAAACCAAUCAAUGACAUUGUGUGGUUAGACACAUUAGUAGACAUAAAGUAGUUAGAAGUUACAUAGUACACUAAUCUAGCAGAAGAUUCUAUUCUAUUCUACUCCAUUUUUAUGGCCUCCAGGUGCUUUAUACUAUCAAGUAAAGACCCUAGAAUAAUAAAGAGAAAACUCUCUGUGAGCAAGCACUCUGGCAAGAGUGGAAAGGAAAAACUCCCUUUUAACAGGAAGAAAUCUCCAGAAGAACCUGGGAGGCUCAGAGGGGCAGCAAUGUGCUGCCCCAUGUUGGGGGUGAGGUGAGGGAGACAGGAUGAUAGACACAGUGUGGAGCCAAAGUUAUAACAACUGGUUAAAUGUAGAGUGGUGCAGAAAGGCAGAAAGUUUGUCUUAUGGGCUGAACUUGCUUCUCUUUUGGCAGUGCAUUGGUAGACUAUAUACAGUCCAUCUACCUACACAGAGCAUCUGCUGUCACACGUGUCCAAAGUAUGUGGUUCAACCAAUCUGUGGUUUUGUGAAACCGAGCUUUGAAAAUAAGGAACAGCGUCCACUGCAGCGCAUGUCUAUGUUUUCAAUACUUUAUUUUUGAACUUUAAUGUUUUUCCAACUUCUGCACCCUCGACCCAUUCUGGCCCACUUGUCAACCAUUCAGCAUUCAACCUCCGCACGGUCGAACGAUGUGUCGUUUGGUUUUUUGGAGGAGAACAUGGGAACACAUUUGCAUUGCUUUUGCAUUUGUGUUCAAAACUUCUCCCCAGGCUAUGUAGGCAAACAGCUAUGUAACCAGACAUAACCAUGGUAGUAUAAAACAAGCAUUACUAAUCAGCAUCUUUUAGGAGAUGCUUUGAAACAGUGUGUUGUACCUCUUUUUAAAACUCAGUCUUGUGGAAAAAGCUGUCAACAUUCAAGAAUGCAGGUAAUUUGAAGACCAUAUUAAUUAAUCAGGUGUUUAUUUUUCACACUUGAACAACCUUAAAUCUUUGGACUCAUGCAUGUGUGGGGGAAUGACCUUCCAUGAAGGAAGAAUUUCAUCACUGGAAAACAGCCUCAAUACCCUGAACUUGCGACAUAAUCCUAUGAAGUAUCUAUGGUGGCAAUCAGAAGAUGGCAGAUAUGCAAGUUUGGUCUUGGUGCAAUCUGGAAAUAAAAUGACUUGCCCGCUUAAAAACUUCAGUAGCUGCCAGUGAAGAUGCAAUCUAUGUAUUCUUUUUCUUAUCUCAGAUAAACUGAGAGAUACUGGAGUCAGACUUCCACAUAAGGGUUAUUUUUCUGAGGCAGUGAAGUUAAAGGAAGUUAAAUAAAUGACAUAUAUCCCACGCAUUGCAAUUAGGAUUAUUCACCUGAAUAUUAUCCAGCCCACAUGGUACAUUCUUAGUACGGUUUGAGCUGAAUCAUAAAAAGUGUUUUCUUAAUGCCAAAUGUUUCCCCUCCCCACCACUGUUUGAAUUCUUUCACUUUCACUUCUACUUAUUGAAAUUAGUAUACUUUAAAGUAUUCUGCUUAUUCUGAUUAUAUUUACUUAUUGUACAGCUUUAACAUUAUCUGAAAGUUUGCAGUCUUUCAGCUGCUCUGUAUAGUAUACAGAAAAACUCAAUAUACCAUAAGAUGAGAGUUUGAAUGGUACUUUUAGUUGCCCCAAAUCAGCAACGCUUAAAAUAUAUAGAAACAAAUUAGAGAGAAAGCAGUGAUAAAUUGUGUUUAGCGGUCACAAACCUGUGGUGGGUCUUCAGAUACCAGAGUGAUUUACUGGUUCAGCUUAGAAACAGAACAACAAAAAUUAAAAACACAGCCAUAUUUGUCUGUUUGUGUAAAAAUCACAAAAUCAUUAUUUCUGAUGUGGGCUGUCAGUGACAGGCGCAGCAACUCCCAGUAAACAGGGAAUUCCAUGUUAGUGAGCUUUUCCCACCAUAUCACUUCAGUGAGCUAAGACAUUUUCAGUAAUCCAUAGCAGAUGUUAUAAUAACUGGCGUCAUGUCACGGUCCACGAGCAGUCACAGUGAUGAAGACUCACUUGUGUGAUUAGCCUGCAUGCCUGAACAUGGAGGAAAGCAGCCGCUAAGCAAAGUGUUGGCAGAAAUGUUAUCAUGGAAGUUUAGGGAGGGUAACAUCCCUUAUACAUCAUGGAGCUAUUUAAGAUGUGUCAUUAUACAAGCAUCAGCAAAUGCGACUGUCAGUAUGUCAUAAGACUUGCUAUCGAAAAUGACCAAAAUAUAUAGUCUAUUUGAACACACAGGUAACUGAUGCCGAUAAUAACUGAUGCUGUUACAGGUAUAUUGGCUCACUUGUGCCCACAUAUUCUUCUGAACUUUCUUUAAUUCGUAAGUGAAACUGUCAGUGUGUGUGUGUGUGUGUGUGUGUGUGUGUGUGUGUGUGUGUGUGUGUGUGUUUGUUUCCAGUUAGGUGAUAAGCAGAAAAAACCUACCAUGUUUUUUUGAUAGCAGGAAGUACUGAAGCAAAUCAGCAACGGCAGAAGUUGUACUCUUGGUUUAAACACUCUACUAUGAGGCAACAGUGAUAACCACUGAGAUAAGGUAUUGGCAUUACUAGGGUGUCUGUUGACCAUUGUUAUUUUUAAUAACAGGAGUUACAUCAAUGGCAUGUUUGGCGUUAAAAAGGCCCUCCUUCUUACUUGUUUAUUUUUGGUCUACACAUUUUUGUGUAAAAUUAUUAUAACUUUAUAAAUUAGGUUGUAGAAAAUGAUGGAGGUAAAACUAAAAUUAAGUCAUGUAAACCACCAUUUAUCCUAAUUGCCAACAGGGGGCUUCAAAAAUUAGUUAACUGUAAAGAAAUCAAUAAAAAUAUUUUUGAUUUUACUUGAUUCAUGAUCUAGGUAAAUUCUCUCCUUAUGAACUUAUCAUCUCAUUUGCUAUUUUCAAGUUAGAUUUAAUGCAACAUUAUGUUCAUUUUGUACAUUAAUGUUACAUUUACCCCCAGCCAAUUACCCAAGUGGCAGAGAGUGUCUGAUUUGGUGGUCUCAGGAUCAUGUCUCUGCUUUUUUUUUUUACAGAUGAUCAAGUGGUGACCUCAAGAAAAACUUGCUGCUGAGUAUGAAACUAUAGGAAUGAGAAUUAGCACCUCCAAAUCUGAGGCCAUGGUCAGAAAAAGGAUGGCGCACAAACUGAUUUUAAGUUUUGGCAGCGAUGUGAACGCUGUACCAUUUUUUUGUGAUUAAGAGAGUGCUAAGGGAAGCAUUGAUCUUCCGACCUUCACCUAUGGCUGUGAGCUCUGGGUAGUGCCUGAAAGAACUGAAUCAUGGAUACUAGCAUCAGAUAUGAGCUUCCUCCGAAGGGUGGCUGUAUUCUCCCUUAGAGAUACAGUGGGGAACUUUGUAAAUUGAGAGGGAUUCAGAGCCUGGCCACUACUCCUCCACAUCAAAAGGAACCAGAUGAAGAGGCUUGGACAUAUGACUACGAUGCCCCCCAGGUACCUUGUAGGUGAGGUCAUCUGAGCAUGUCCUGCUGGGAGGAGGCCCUGUAGCAGAUCCAAGAUACACUGGAGAGAUUACAUCUCUUGGCUGGUGUGGGGAGGGGAAGGUCUUGGCACAGAGUGUGUGCCCUGAGACUUGAACCCAGAUAAGAAAAUUGAUGGUGGAUGGAUGUUAUGUUUAGAGUCAACAGACAAUAAUCGAUGUGCUUUCAGUGUCCUCAACACUUAGACCCACCCCUCGCUUGUGAUGCCCUGAUUUAAAGUAUUCAAGAUGACCACGGCCAAAAUGACAAACUCAAUCCAAUGGGUGACAACAUUGUGGCUAUGUCCGUUUUUACAUAGAGCUCAUGGUUUCAUAACCUCACAUUACCCCAUAUAUACUGCAAAUAACAAGUCAAGAGAGUUAGAGACAAGCCUGGUCUAAGCCUUAAUAAUAGUUAUAUACAAAAGCAGUUAACAGGAAUUUCCUGAGAAAGUUAUUAUUCUGUCUCUCACUUUUCUCUCACUCUUUCACUGCAAGAGUGUAAACUUCUCCAGAGUUUAAAAAAAGUAGUCAAGAGUUAAGCAUCUGCUAUUAAUUAAAACAAAAAGUCAGGCAUUCCAGAGGAACCGCAGUAAGCCACCCCAGACUGCCCACCCACUCUUAUCUCUAUCUUUUUUCUUUUUCUUUUUACAUUUCCUCAACUCCAAAAAUACUAAAUUGGCUUGUUGUCUGAGCCAAGCCUGAAGAGAAGCAUAGUAGGCCAUUCCAGGGACAUGCCAGGUGUGUGUAUCCAUUCUCCCAGAAGACUUUGCUAUUCUUCUGUCUCUUUAAUAGUCACUUUAGCCCCUUCCUUUCACUUCUUUCACACACAAACACACUUCUUCACCACAGAAACAUCGACUAGAAGGGAAGAAAUGAGGAGUCUGAGGAUAAAUAACAAAGCAAGGAGAGAGGGUGGCGGAGUGUGGUGGAGGGGCUUUGAGUAAAGAGUGGGAAAAGAGAGCCCAAAAAACGAACAGUCAGAGGAACAUGGAAAAUCCCUGGUUCCCAUGCCAAGAAUUCCGUGCAGUGAAAACACACACACACACACACACACACACACACACACACACACACACACACACACACAGUGUAUCUGAAAGCCUGCUGGGAGCUCAAUGUAAAAGGUGGUGAUAAAAAUGAUCAGUUUGGUUUUCAGAGAACAGAGUUCAGGAAAAAUCCCCCCUUUGCCUCUGUUACUUGUUACAUAGUAACUUUUUUCAUUUAGAAAUUAUGACAUUAAAAAUUUCAUGAGUGAAAAAAGAAAGAAAAGAGACUAUAAGUUAUCUACAUGGCAGAAGGUAAAAUGCAAGAACAAAGAUUUCACAUGACACAAACUAUUUGUUUUCCUGUUAUUUUGCCUUCUUGGGAAAACUUUGACCUUUUCUAAAACCUUUAUAUUUUUGAUACCAGCCCCUUUUUUUGCAAACUUAAACCUUUUCAAGUUACCUACUUAAAAUGUAUAACUGCAAAUGGAUCUUCAUGUGUAACAUUUAAAUAGCCAUUUUAAACCAAGCUGGAUUUAAAGGGAUAACGUAAUCAUGAAUAAUUCAGUAAAUACUUACUUUUUGCUAGCCAGUCUUAUUGCGGUUAUGAUAAUGACCAGUUGCCGGCAGCCACAUUACCGCUACAGUGCAUGUCAACAGUUUUCCUUUCCCUGCCUGACGCUUGCAAGUGGCACAGCUGCUAUCUAUAGUCCAUCUCUAUUUUAAGACCAUGCAGACAGGACGCAAUGGAGCUCACACAAAUCUUUAUUUACCAUGCAGCUCGAGGGAAAAAAUGGCUAUUCCACACUCGAGUCACACACAAAAUAAUUACUUGAGAGGCCGUUUUAGGAAGAACAGAAAUCCUGGUUUAAGAGACCAUGGAAAUGCCCGAAGGCCUGGGAAUCAACCGGGAUACUCAUGCCGAGAAUGCGACCCUUGAUCUGGAGAACAGAGAGUGCCAUGCAGGCUGGCUGAGAGUGAGGGUGGAGGACAGUUGGUUCACUGUGGAGCGGGCUUUUCUCCUUAAGUACAGCGACUAUUUCUGUGCUCUUUUUCACUCUGGGAUGAAAGAAAGUCAGCAAGAUGAGCUCUACCUGAAAGGAGGAGUGCACGCAAGAGGUUUCCUCAUUGCCCUUGCAAUCUGCAGGGGAGAGAAUCCCACCAUCAGUGAACCAGAUGAGCUUGUCGAAGCGGUCGAGUGUGCUGCUUUUCUACAGGUUGACCAUUUGGUCCAGCAUCUUUGUGACAUUAUAGACUCAGACAACUGCCUUCUGCUUUACCAUACAGCCUCCGUAUUUGGGGUGCACGCACUGUUUCACAACGCUGCACUCUUUCUUUGUGACGCCUUUGAUGAUCUCAAGGAUGAAGCAGAAAGUUCAAUCCCUGAGGAGCUGCUGCAAUACUCUCAAACUUUGUCCCCUUCUUCUUUUAUUGCUAUGGGGACCCAUUCUCCUUCACUGGAGCUGCUGCAAGACUCCUUCAGGGUUGUUUGCUACCUCGACGAAAAAGAGGGCCAGUGGAAGCAUCUGACAGACCUACCAACUGCUUGCAGCACCUCCAUGGCUGGCGUAGCAGUGGUUGACAAUCGCUUAUAUAUCGUUGGGGGGGUUUUUGGUUACAGUAAGGACACAGUGGACAGUAGCUUCUGCUACAACCCCGAUUCAGGACUUUGGACUACUCUCCCGGGUCCCCAGCAACCCAGAUAUAAUUUUACCCUUCUUGGGCAUGAAGGUCAGCUCUACGCCAUUGGUGGAGAGUCCCAAAAGAAGAUAAUUUCCACAGCAGAGACGUAUGAUGUUGUAAAAGGAGAGUGGACAUUUAUACAGCAUGCACCACGACCCGUAGCAUCUGCAGCUUGUGCUGUCGCUAGACGACGGAUAUUUAUUUGCUUCUGGAAGCCACCAGACACCACAGACAUCUAUGAAUACGUACCUGUGAAUGAUGAGUGGAAGCUUGCUACCACACUGAUCAGACCUCAGAGCUAUGGCCACUGUAUGGUAGCUCACAAGGACAAUUUGUAUGUGAUGCGCAAUGGGCCUUGUGACGACUUUCUUCGCUGUCUAAUGGACUGUUAUAAUAUCACAACAGGCCAGUGGACAGCUAUGCAUGGGCAUUACAUCAACAGCAAGGGAGCUCUGUUUACCGCAAUGAUCAGGGGGGAUUCUGCGUUCACAGUGAAACACAUGUUAACUCUUGUGUAUACCAUCACUGAAAAUGGAUGGAAGCCCCGUAAGCAGAUGAACGGAUUUCCAAAGAGUGGUUCACUGUGGACAUGUUUACUCAGGCUUCCCAAGACGGGGCCAGUUAUACCACAGCUGGAUGCAGAAGGCAAGGAAGGAGAAAUGCCUCUGUCAGACCUGUCUGAGGCAUAUCUGGAAGCUAUACAGCACUUGUGAAAUUAUUGUGCAACUGAAAAAGGAGCUGAUCAUAACCAGACUAAGGAACUAAAGGAUGAACUUGACUUCACUUGCACUCAACUCUUCAGGCAAAAAGUGGAGAUGAUGAAACCUUCUGACAUACAUCAAUGUUAGAGUCAGCGAGGAAAGGACUACAGCUGGAGUCAUGUCACUCUCAACAUGGUGGAGUAAUUACAAACUGGUGAGGACAUAACAUUGCCACAUAACCAGUCUGAACGAAAGCCUUUUCUUGAACAAUAAACACAGAGGUUGUGGCUACGAAGGCUCCAGUUGGUUACUGUAACCUGUUAUGGGAAUUUGUUCCGGAGCUGCAGCACAGUUUUUCACUGGAAUUAAAUAUUUUAGCUGACUUAGAUUACCCUGAGAGGAAAUCAAACAAAACUCAGACCUUGGGUGAUACUGCGGAGAAGGGGUUCUCCUUUGAAAUAGAUAUCAUGAGGUGAAACCAAACAGCAGCAGCAUAAAAUGAUGUUUUGCCUGUACAGUGAAAACAGAUUUUCGGGGAACAAAGUUGAAAUGCUAUUUAUAAAUUGCUGCUCAGAGGAAGUGAGCAUCCCCAGAGGAUAAAUGCAGCUUCGGAAAAAUGAUACAGCUUGGAGCCAGAAGAGGAAGUACGGAGAGACGAGUCCAAGACCUGAACAUGGAAAAGCUUGACUGCUGGUGUGUGUUAGUGAACAGUGUGAGAGCUCUCUGAGAAAAACAGGGCGAAAGAGAGUUGACUUUUAAAAUCCAGACGUGAGAGGGUGACAGCAAAUGACAAAAACUGCAAAGAAUCGGGUCAUCUCAACAAACAAACAAACAAACAAAAAGUCAUUAUCAUCUUUGCGUUAAACUAUUUUUGAGGUAGCGGUAGCAUGUCAUUAAUUAGUUGCUUCAAAGAUUAAGUAGCUGGCAUAGAGCACCAUAAAUCACAUCAGCCCACCAGCAGUUGCAAGAAAAAUAAACUCAUCUGAAGCUGUUUGAAAAGUUAACAAGCUGUACAAGACUCCAGUUUUUUUAGCUUGCUUAUAAACUGAAAAUUAAAAAAAAUGCAUGAAGCAAAUAAUUUCGUAACAGAAGCAGGAAUGUAGUAAAAAAAAGUGCAAUCCUGCAGGCACAAUGUGGCUUUAGCUACCAAAAUUGUGAUAAAGCGAUAUUCUUGCAAAGCUUGCAGGGAUAUAAUUAUGAAAGGUUAGUAAGAGCUUAAAAUAACAAAAUAAAACCAGAGUAGGUGGUUUAAUAACUUCUCCUAGGCCAGUUUCACUUUAGUGUGGGAAAUGCAGGGAAUGACCACAUGUUACAUAAGAUGCUUUGUUGGAUGGCAGAUUAACUGCCAGCUGGUCUAUGCAGCUUUUGAAUGAAUUUAAACAUUUGUGGUUAACCAUCAACCAGUGUUACAGCUUUAGAUGCAAACAUCAAGAGAACGGCUUAAAGGUUUGUGACAAAUUAUUCUACUGAAAUUAACUUCUUUUUAAAAAAAUGAAAAACCUAAUAAUGCACCAAAAAACAAAACAAAACACUGCGACAUUGUUGUAAGUGGAUGUAUGCAUACUAAUAGGCUAACUAGAAGCACUUCCACAGCAACUUUAAAGUGAACCUUUCAUACUUUUUAUUAAUUUCCUUUCACACACUUAUGGUACAAAGAAUGUACACCCUCUAUCAAGUUUUCACAUAAAAUCUAGACCCUAACAUCAGGUCUUAAAAUUAGCUAAAUAUAAUCUCAGAUGAAUAAUAAAACAUGACACAUCACAGUGUGUCAUUAUUUAUUUAUUAUAAGAAAAACUAAACCAAAUUGCUGAAGCAGUGAAAAAACUAAGCACAUCCCAUAAUUUAAUAUGUUGUAGAACCACCAAUAAUGACAUGCUUAUCAGUCUUUCACAUCAUUAAAGAGGAAUUUUGAACUACUCUUCUUUAAAACACUGGUUCACUUCAUUGAGGUUUCCAGGCAUUCAUUUAUGCACAGCUCUCUUACUUUGACUGCAUCAUUGCAACACUUUGAUUCUUUUCUUUUUCAGUCAUUCUGUUGUAGAUUUACUCUUGUCCUUGGAAUAAUUUUUCUAUUGCAUGAUCCAAUUUCAGGCAAGCUGGUCAUACAGAUGGCCUCGCAUUGGACUCUAGAAUACUUUGGUGUACAGAGCUCAUGGUUGACCCAGUGACGCAAGGUUCACGGGUCCUAUGGCUGGAAAACCAACCUGAAUCAUUAACGUCCACCACCGUGCUUGACACUUGGUAAUGAUGACCUUGACACUAGGCGUUUGUGCUGAUAUGCUUUGAUUUUUCCACCCGUGGCGCUGUGCACAAUAGCCAAACAUAUUCACUUUGGUCUUGUCUGUCUAAAGGACAUUGUUUCAGAAGUCUUGUGGUUUGUUCAGAUGCAACUUUGCAAACCAAAGCCAUGCUGUCAUGAUCUUUUUAGAGAGAAGAGGCUGUCUCUUGGCAACUCUUCCAAAAAAGCCAUACUUGUACAGUCUUUUUCUAAUUGUACUGUCACAAACUUUAACAUUAACCAUGCUAACUGAGGUCUGUAAAGUUUCUUGAGUUUUUUGUAGAAUUUUAUUACCUUGGGGUCCGACCACUAAAAUGCCAAAACUUGAUAAAAGUGCUCACACUUGCAGAUAAUCAGUUAAUUAAAGUGCGUUUGUUAACAACACCUUGCUGCUACUUAAUUCCUAUCAAAGCAGUUAGGCUGUGCUUAGCUGUUUUAAUGUAUUUUGGCUUAGUUUUUGUUAAAGAUAAUGACACAGUGUAAUAUAUAUGAUGAUUUAAGUUCAUCUAGAGUUUGACCUAAUUUUAGAACUUUAUUUUUACCAACACUGCACAUCUACAGUUGCUCAUGGUAGUGUUAAACAUGACUAAAUGUAACCACUGUUAGUCUUGUUUAGGUCAUUUCUCACUUGUUAACAGUAACAUGUUUGCAGUAAUUCUACUCUGCAGUUUGCUGUGACUCAGCUAAUUCUGUGGUUAUUUAGACUUCACAGUGUAUCUAACCUCUCAAUUACAUACUGGGCAGAAUAAUUUUCUCUUCCUCUCAUGAAAUUUUCCUAAGGAAGUUAUUAUAUUGUAGUUCAGUAACUGUAGGUCUAUGACUUGUUUGUACGCUUUCACUUCUUUAUUUGUUAUUUUUUUAAUCAAACAUAUCAAACUGAUUUAAAAUUUCCCCAUAAAAUAUCCAUGAAAAUCAGUUUCUGAAUAAAUAUGAAGUGAGA